AUGGCGGACGCGGGGGCGCUGAUGCGGCGCUACGAGGGCGCGGCGCGGGGCCGCGGCGUGGCGGCGGCCGGCUGGCGCCUCUGCCUGGCGCACCGCUUCGAGGAGCGGCGGCAGCCGUACUGCGCCUCCGACGUGCCGCUCGCCGACGUCCUGCGGCACGUCGGCCUCGGCUUGCGAUAUUUCAGAUGGUGGUACAAGAAAACCCGCCUAGAGAAGAAAUAUCCAUUCAUUGACCUCUUAAGUGCAGUCCCUCUACAGCAGAUCUAUGGGUGCCCGCUGGGCGGGAUCGGGGGAGGCACCAUCACCCGCGGCUGGCGGGGCGAGUUCUGCCGCUGGCAGCUAAAUCCUGGGAUUUACCAUUACGAAACGGUCAUCGCUAACCAGUUUACAGUGUGUCUGCGUCGCAAGGGGCAGACAGUUUACCAGCAGGUGCUGUCAGUGGAGAAACCCAGUACUCUGCAGGGCUGGAACUGGGGCUACUGUGGCCACUAUGCCUUCUACCAUGCACUUUACCCUCGUGCCUGGACAGUCUACGAGCUCCCCGGGCAAAACGUGGUGCUCACUUGCCGCCAGGUCUCUCCUGUCAUCCCCCACAACUACCAGGACUCCAGCCUGCCAGUGGGAGUGUUCAUCUGGGAGGUGGAGAAUGGGAAUGAUGAGGACGUGGACGUCUCCAUCAUGUUCAGCCUGCAGAACGGCACGGGUACGAAGGAGGACAAGAGAGGAGGGCACUGGAAUGAGUCCUUCACCUUUGAGAAGGAGGGCAAGCAGGUUGCUGGAGUUCUGCUGCAUCACUGCACUCCUGUGAAUCCCUUCACCCUUGCUAUCUCUGCCCAGGAGAAGGCUGGCACCAGAGUCACCCACUUGACAGCAUUCAAUCCCACAGGAUUAGGUAAAGAGGUGUGGCAAGACCUCCUUCAGGAUGGCAGGCUGGAUUCCCCUGCAGGCAGAAGCACCCCAACGGAGAAGGGAGAAGUGGUUGCAGCAGCUGUGUGCUCCAGCUGUACAGUGCCUGCCCGAGGGCAUAGGACGCUCGAGCUGGCUCUGGCAUGGGACAUGCCCUGUGUUCAUUUUGGCUCAAAGGAGAAACUGCACUUCAGGCGAUACACACGCUAUUUUAGCAGCAAAGGCGAUGCUGCUCCUGCUCUGUCACAUUAUGCUCUAACACACUAUGAGGAGUGGGAGGAGAAGAUUGAUGCGUGGCAGAAGCCCAUCCUGGAGAACAGCCACCUGCCUCCCUGGUACAAGUCAGCCCUGUUCAAUGAGCUGUACUUCCUGACAGACGGGGGGACCAUCUGGGUGGAGCUGCCCCCGGACUGCUGUGCGGAGGAUGUGCAGGGGCCAGCAGGGGCUGGCCUGUCCCAGCUCCUCCCUGUCCUGCGGGAGUACGGAAGGUUUGCUUAUUUGGAAGGCCAAGAGUACCGGAUGUAUAAUACCUAUGAUGUCCAUUUCUAUGCCUCUUUUGCUCUCAUCAUGCUGUGGCCCAAGCUGCAGAUCAGCCUGCAGUAUGACAUCGCUGUCACCGUGGUGAAUGAGGAUGUCCAGCCCCGGCAGUACUUGAUGCAUGGUCAGACAGCCCAGGUGAAGCUGAAGAAUGUGGUGCCACAUGACAUUGGGGACCCAGGUGAUGAACCAUGGCAGCGUGUCAAUGCCUAUCUGAUCCAUGACACAGCCAGCUGGAAGGACCUGAACCUGAAGUUUGUGCUGCAAGUGUACCGUGACUACUACCUGACAAAUGACUCUCUGUACUUGAGGGAUAUGUGGCCAGUCUGCCAGGCUGUGAUGGAGUCAGAGCUGAAGUUUGACACAGAUAACGAUGGGCUCAUUGAAAAUGGUGGCUUUGCUGACCAGACGUAUGAUGCGUGGGCAGUAACAGGAGCCAGUGCCUACUGUGGUGGGCUGUGGCUGGCAGCUGUCUGUAUGAUGUGUAAGAUGGCAGAUGUGCUAGGCGAUGGUGAAACCCUGCAAAAAUACACUGCCAUCCUGCAGAAGGGCAAGGAAGCAUUUGAGAGGCUGCUCUGGAAUGGAAAAUACUACAACUAUGACAGCAGUGGGAGCGUCACCGCCAGCAGCAUCAUGUCAGACCAGUGUGCUGGGCAGUGGUUUCUUGGGGCUUGUGGCCUGGACCAAGGGCAGUUUGAGGUCUUCCCUAAGAGUCAUGUUGUUAGUGCGCUGAAGACCAUCUUUGAGAAGAAUGUUAUGGGCUUUGCCGGCGGCACCAUGGGAGCUGUGAAUGGCAUGACACCUGACGGGGUGCCGGACACCUCAAGCAUACAGUCCAACGAGGUGUGGAUUGGGGUAGUGUAUGCCUUGGCUGCUACCAUGAUUCAGGAGGGCUUGGUACAGGAAGGUUUUCACACAGCAGAGGGCUGCUACCGGACAGUUUGGGAGCGGCUGGGUAUGGCCUUCCAGACACCGGAGGCCUAUUGUGAGAAGAAGGUCUUCCGCUCACUGGCCUACAUGCGUCCCCUUAGCAUUUGGAGCAUGCAGCUAGCCCUGGAGAGCCGAGCCAGCCAGGCAGCAGCACCUACAGAGCGCACCCAGGCAAACUCCUUCAGUCCUUGAGCCCGGGAGCCCAGUGGUGUUGAGCAGAUGAGUGAAUCACCCUGGGGAUGAGGGCCUCGGCUGGAGGGCAGGGACCCUGCCGUGGUGCCCUUCCCCACCCCUUUAUAAUAAUCAAGUUGCUGUUUCCCUUCCCCAUCUCCUCACCCAACCCACAGAUCAUGCCCUUCACCUUGGGGGCCUCCAGACACGGAUGCUUAGCACAAGGGAGUCCAGAGGCACAAGUUAUGUCUCUUCACCCUCACCAGCGAAAGGAGAAGAGUGGGAUAAGGGGGCACUACUGAGGCUUGCGCCUCCCUUUCCCUAUUGCUCAGGGCUCUGUCAGCCUGCAGGACAAGCAACUUUCUUCAAUAUAAGCUGGCACCAUCUCCUAGGAGCAAGCAAGACCCUUCUCCUGCAGGCUUUGUCUGGGAGAAGUCAGUGGGCCUGGUAAGGUAGGAGCUGGCCUGCAGGGCUAAUAAGUGAGUGAGUGUGUGAAGUGAGGACCUUGGACCAGCGUGGGAUGUGGCUGCCUGCACCAGAUCUGGCUGCUUGUUGCAGCUGUACAUAGACACGUGGAUACUGUAGAUGUUUCUCUGCUUUGUAACUGCUACAGACAAACCAGCUGUCCUGGACUGACCCUUGCCCUCCCCCCUCCUCCCGCCCCAGCUCUGCCUGCAGCUGGAGUUGGUUCUAGGUUUGGUGCAGUGCUUGAGAGAUCAGGGAGCUUUGGCCUAGCCCAGGAGCUCGCUUGAGAUGGGAUCUGCCUACCCAGCCCCUGUGCCACAACUGCUUAUGGAGCUGUGAGCUUCUCCCCACCACCAGAAGCUGGCUGUGCAUGUCCCCCAGACAGGGAGCACACAGGAGAGCUUGUGGCAAGUACAAUCCACAGCAGGGCCUUCCUUCUUGGCCCGUGACAAUCUGAGCCCCGAUCCUGGCCCAGGUGGAGCAGUAUGUCCCUGGUCCGGUACUGUGGCACCUCUCCCUGCUUGCACAGCAAUAGACUUCUGUGGGCAGUGGAGCAGAUUUUAGAUUAUGAAUUGUUUUAAAUUAAGUUCUUAAUAAAUGAUUAUCCAGCUGUC